GCUGUACAAUUUGGUCUUGAAGUUUAUUGAUAAACUUCAUUUUGUAUUUUUUUCAAUAAAAAUUGAUUUUUAGACAACAUGUAUUGAAAAAUAUGCAACAUAUGGUGGAACAUAUCUUAAUGUUGAUUAUAUUCCUUCGAAAGCAUUAUUUCAUAAUUUCUAUCUUUAUCAUACAGCUCGUGAUAGUGAACUUAAAAAACGAAGCAUUGAAUAUAACAAAUUGGAUCAACAUAGACGAAUUGAAGUUGAUAAAAAAUUUCAAAAAACAUGUAAAGUUAUUUAUGCUAUCGGUGAACGUAUUCAAGGACCUGUGCUAAUGCAUCAAGCUGAAGAUCAACGAAUUAUUUGUGUUGAAAGUAUUGUGUGGGAUCAUGAACCGCAUAUAGAUUAUAACUGUGUACUAAGUGUUAUAUAUACACAUCCCCG